AAAUAACUUGCGAUUAAAAGUAUGAAAAUUGUCAGUUUUUGAAUUAAAAUUAAAACUAUUUGAGUUAAUUAAAGGUUUAAAGUAUUUCAGUAUUACAAUAAUUAGCAAAUAAGUGUAUCCUCUAAUAAGAAUUUCGGAAUUUUGGAAUUUUUUAUUUUGUUUACCCAAAAUAAACUAAAUGUGUGGAUAAUGAAGUAGAAUCGUGAUGAAUUAAUGUUGUAAACCAAGAAUACCUAGUUCACGCAUAGAUUGAUUUGACUUCAAAACGAAAAAUGACAACAGAAAGUCCUACAGGGAUUUCAGCGGAAUUUCAAAACCAUUUACGAUUGGAAUGUGAACUCAAACUUAAUGAAACAACUCACCCAUAUCCGAGUUCACAUUUCUGUCGGGGAACAUUUGAUGGAUGGCUUUGCUGGGCAGAUACUGAAGCCGGAGUCACCGUUCACCAACCAUGUCCAGAAUUCAUUUCUGGAUUUGAUCCAACAAGAACUGCUUACAAGAUUUGCAAUAAAAAUGCCACAUGGUUCAAGCACCCAAUAUCGCGUGCAGUCUGGUCCAACUACACAACUUGUAUAAACCACGAAGAUUACAAUUGGACACAACAAAUCAAUAACAUUUAUCAAAUCGGGUACUUAGUUUCAUUCAUUGCACUCCUGCUGUCGAUUGCUAUUCUUACCUAUUUCAAGUCUCUGAGAUGUGCACGCAACACAUUGCACACGCACAUGUUCACGUCGUUUGCUAUCAAUAAUCUUCUAUGGCUGCUGUGGUACAGACUGGUCGUCGAGCAUCCGACAGUCGUACUUCACAACGGGUGGUGGUGUCAAAUACUACAUGUUAUUCUGCACUAUUUUUUGCUAACCAACUACGCAUGGAUGUUGGCCGAAGGUUUUUAUUUGCACACUCUUCUCGUGUUCGCCUUUACGUCCGAAGAUACUCUAGUUCGAUGGUCUUGGACUUUGGCCUGGUCAACGCCGUUGGUCGUAAUUUCUCUGUACACAUUACUACGAACUAUCAAUGACCACACGUCUGAGUGCUGGAUCAAUGAGUCACCGUUCACGGAGGUGCUGGUGGUGCCCGUGUGCAUGUCAAUGGCUCUUAAUCUGGUGUUCCUGUGCAAUAUUGUCAGAGUUCUGUGGGUGAAGCUUCAGGCCGGUCCGUCUCAUCUCUCUAAUAGCACGCCAUCACGAACGCUGCUGCAGGCGUUCAGAGCCACACUUUUGCUGCUGCCGCUACUUGGACUCCAUUAUCUGCUCACACCGUUCCGGCCACCCAAACAACAUCCCUGGGAACCGUUUUACGAAGUCGUAUCCGCCACCACGUCAUCAUUCCAAGGACUUUGUGUUGCAACGUUAUUUUGCUUUCUAAACGGAGAGGUCGUUGCCCAAAUCAAGAGACGGUGGCAAUUCAUGUUUUUCCGGACGAGGGCCAACUCGUACACAGCAACAACGGUCUCGGUACGUCAGGUUAGCCACUGUUUACUAUUUGCACGUUGCACGUUCCACUUACCCACCCGUAUCUACUACGACGGACGUUACAUCAUCGAUCUCUUACCGCGGGAAGACCAAGUAGCAACUCUUUUCAAAUAUUAUUUGACCUUUGGUAUAAAUAAUUCUGAAUCACCGAUGAGCCUAUCAUCCUUAACCGCUCAAGCACAACACGGUGACUGGUCAGAUUUACUUACGGUCCACCGUACAUAUUGGGUUUUGGACUUUCGGCCGGCAGCUGUUAGCUUUGCCGUCGAUUUUGGCCGAUGUUCCGUAACGAUUAACCUGUAA